AUGCAAGCUGUCGAGCCAAAGUUGGUGGGUCCAACACUGCCACCGUCUCUCCAAACACCAUCCUCAUCGUCGCCACCGUCGCCAGUCCACUUCCAGCAACUCCGCUCGAUUCCCUCUUCACCGCAAUCAUCUCAACAAUCAUCGGCACCUUCUCAAGCACCACCUGUCGAGUCUCCAGAUGGUGGGAAGAGCAAGGAAAAUGAGAAUGGAGCCGAAAAUCAACACCAGCCGCCACGACCGAUGCUCCAUCCGCACAUGAUCAAAUCUGAAGCGGCCGAUUAUCGCUAUUCACCGGAAUUGAAACCGAAUACGAUUUUCGGUGCUCAGGGAGACCACCCAUCGCACGCAUUCGCCAAAAUGCUCACUUGUGUCAUUGAUCCGAAUCAGGUUAACAUGUCUGGAAUGAUGCCGCACGCGUCGGCUUUCGCAGCCAUGCAUAAUCAUCAUCAGUACGAGUCUAAACCGUUGCAGGUUUCAGCACAAAUAGAAGUGAUACCGUGCAAAGUGUGUGGUGACAAGUCGUCCGGAGUGCACUAUGGAGUCAUCACGUGUGAAGGGUGUAAAGGAUUCUUCCGGCGUAGUCAAUCGUCAAUCGUCAACUACCAGUGUCCUCGUCAGAAGAAUUGCAUUGUCGACAGAGUCAACCGCAAUCGUUGUCAAUAUUGUCGUCUGAAGAAGUGCAUCGAGUUGGGAAUGUCUCGCGACGCGGUGAAAUUCGGCAGAAUGUCGAAAAAGCAGCGAGAAAAAGUCGAAGAUGAGGUUCGGAUGCACAAGCAGCUCGCGGAAGCCAGUGGUCUUGGAUAUCACAUUUACGGUGACUACUCGCCGCCACCAUCCCAUAACUACAUCUUUGAUCAAAGCAUGUACGGUCACUAUCCAUCGGGCACGUCGACCCCGGUCAACGGCUACCCAAUCGCCAUGCCUGCCACCCCGGUCACCCCAAUGCCUCAAAACAUGUACGGAGCAAAUCCAUCAGUUGCCACCGGUUCUCACUACGUUGCUCAUCAAGCCACAGGAGGAUCGUUCCCAUCUCCACAAGUUCCUGAAGAAGACGUCGUGUCUCGAGUGAUCUCCUCGUUUGAUCAACAACAUCUCGACUAUCGAACCAACAACGCCGUGUGCGAAGUUGACCCGGAGACGUUCAGCCGUUUGGACAGGGCUGAUGGUUGGGAGUUGUUCUCGCUUCAGUUGGAUCCGCUUGUCAAGACGAUCAUUGAGUUCGCGAAGUGUGUCGAUGGAUUCAUGAAUCUCCCACAAGAGACACAAAUUCAGUUGCUCAAAGGAAGCGUCUUCGAAUUGUGUCUUAUCUUCGCUGCCAUGUACUACAAUAUGGACACACAUGCAGUUUGUGGAGAGAGAGGAACGAUUCCAUUCGCUUGCGUUGUCACUGAAGACGUUGAUGAGAUGAACCUGAUCAACGAGAUCCAUGGAACUCUUCACGACAUCGUUGCUCUCCAACCAAACACAUCGGAGUUGGCUCUCAUGGCGGCUGGUCUUCUUCUCGAGCAAGCAACAACGUCUUCUUCUUCUUCCAACGGACAAGGAGAUCCAUCGACUUUGGCGACAGCUGAAUUGUUGAAAACUGCACUGCAUCAGAGUAUGGUUGCGAGAACCGGAUGCAUGGAUACGACGAUCACUCGGAUUCAAGACGUUGAGCAGAAGAUUAGGCAGACGGCUCGUUUGCAUCAGGAGGCUCUGACCAAGUUCCGCCUGUCGGAUCCACGAGCAUCGGAGAAACUUCCGGACCUGUACAAAGAGCUAUUCACAGCGGAUCGACUUUCACCAACGAUAUAA